AGUGGAGAAGAUGAGUAACUAGUGUAGUCAACGGUAGAAUUCCGGGCAAGAAAGAUGUGGGAUUCCCACACCACAUCAAAAAAGAGAAACCUAAACCCUAGAUGCCACUCAAACCCAUGCCCUACCUUCUUCCUCUCUGAGCUACUCUCUAUCAACCAGAAGGUGUCGUCGCUGUCGGCCUGGCCUCCACCUUCUCCUGUUGGCGUCGCUUGCCUGUACAGAAACCACGGGGUCUUUCGUUUUCACCCGUCUCUCACAUUGCUCCUGUGGUCCGUUUUCUCGCUAACGCUCUUUGUUUGUCCAUCGCGGUCCUCUUCUCAGUGUAGUAGUGGUUCUUUCUCUCCCUCUCUCUCGGAUUUCAGUCUCUCUUACCGCGAGCGUCUCAAAACCCGUAUUGACCCGUUGAAACCCGUCUUGACGCGGCCAGUUUUCAAAACCCAGACCGGUCAUGCUUAUUAAAAAAUAAAAAAAAAUCUCUAAAUAUCAUCAUCUAACUCCAAAACCCUAAUUUCACUGGGCUCUGUGGUCCCUCUCAUCACCCGUGACACCCUCAUCUUCACGCAGACAGUGGCGCACUCCGUCCCGUCUGUCAAACUCUCUUGUCGUCUUCAUUCAUAGUCGCUGGCGUUCUGUAGUUCGUGUGUCGUCGCCCUCCUUGGUCUCGUGUCGCCGGCUCAGUCAAGAAGAAACCGAGGCGACCAGCAAACACUGCCCCUUGAUCGGACGUCGUCGUCUUUGUUGCUUCGUCGCCUCCUUCUUGCCGGUUCUGUCGCCGAGCCGCUGUGGUGUGGCUGUGCUGAAACUCCGAACUCCAAAGCUGCUCCGUCCCUGACUCAACUUCUACUUCUGCUUCUGUAGGUGAUUUUUGUUUUAUUUUGUUCAGUUAUUCUUUAAUCUCUAUUAAUUUUUUAUGUUUAGUAUUUUCAGUUUUAAUGUAGUUUUAGAUAAAUUGAUGCUAAUUGGUUUAGAUAAAUUGAUGCUCGUUAGAUAAAUUGAUGAUUAGUUAUACUGUUUAGAUAAUAGGUCAUGAAGAUGAAUAACUCUCAUGGUAGUUUUAAUCAAAGGGAUUGUUCUGAUAUUGUUCUACAAAGCUGUUCAAGAGAAAAUUAUUCAGUAAUGGAGUUGGAGAUGCAUAUGGUCCUUCCUCAAUUGUUGAGACUAGCAUGGAUCGCUGGUACACUUCCCAUUCUCAUCGCUUCAAUCCCAAUUCCCAAACUCAACUUUCUCCAUACAAUCUUGUUGGGUUUUGCUAGAAGGGGAAAAAUCAUGCACUCAUCUUCCCAGAAAUUCACACUCCCUCAGAGAUUCUUCUUGCAUUUCUAUAUUGUUGCAUCAAUAUGGACAACGUUCUUGCUUGUUACAACUUGGUGUUAUGCAUACACCAUGGUGCCACCGGUUAGGGAAUCAUCUGCAUACUCUACCAUUACAAGCUACUUGAUCGGAGGCUCAGCUCUGGGAACUGGUUCAACUACAAUGCUUCAAAGGCAUGCUGUUUGGCAAGCUGUUUUUCUUCUUUUGUUAAUGGAAGCUCAAGUGUUGAGACGCCUAUUUGAAACCAUAUAUGUUUUUAAAUAUAGCCCCUCUGCCCGCAUGCACGUCCUUGGUUAUCUCACUGGAAUGUUCUUCUACCUAGCAGCACCACUGUCACUAUGUGCUGAUUGCGCCUUAGAUGUGUUUUACUUCCUAGUAAAUCUAGUCACCAAGUUCAUCGUCAUAGGCAAGGAUCAUAUGCCAGCAGUGGAGGUAGAACUUUGGCAAGUUGUAAAUCCUCUUUUCAGACUUGGAUGGAGACAUUGGAUCGGCGCGACUGUUUUUUUUUGGGGUUGGAUUCAUCAACAAAGAUGCCAUAAGAUUCUUGGUUCGCUUCGAAAUUCAAGACAAGCAGAGGAAUAUGCAAUUCCUCACGGUGAUUGGUUUGAAAUUGUUUCCUCUCCACAUUAUCUCUCUGAAAUGGUUAUAUACGGCAGUUUUGUAGUUGCUACUGGAUGGUCCAAUCUAACCAUAUGGUUACUUCUUGUUUUUGUGCUGGCAAAUUUGUCAUUUGCAGCAGUGGAAACACAUAGGUGGUAUCAUCAGAAAUUUGAAGAUUAUCCAAGUAGUCGGUUUGCUGUUAUACCAUAUAUUCUCUGAGAUUAUGAGACAAAUAGACAAUACUUUUCAUGUUAGAUGUGUCUGUUCAUAUGAACUUAUUUUGUUUAUAGAAAAAUUACUUGUAUUUAA